UUCGUAUAUAUUACAUUUAACGUAGCGGCGGAGCUCACAUACAGAGUGUGCCCUAAAUUUUUGCCGGGGAAGAAUAAAAGUUUUCUUUUCGAAUUUGCGGCGAGGGUAUAGCGAUGUCGUACGACGAUGUAGAGAUAGAGGAUAUGGAGUGGAACGAAGAGAUUCAAGCGUACACGUAUCCUUGCCCCUGUGGCGAUUUGUUCCAGAUCACGAAGGAGGAUCUACGUCUAGGCGAGGAGAUCGCCAAUUGCCCGAGCUGCUCCCUCUAUAUCACCGUCAUCUACAACAUGGAGGAUUUUCAGAACGAUACGAAGAAGAAUAACGAACCCAAGAGUCGUCAAGCCGUCGCCGUCGCGUGAGAAUGAUCAUGUAUCAUGGGCUGGGCAAUUAUUGCAGAACGGCAGGAGAUAUUGUUCUUUUUUGCAAAAGUUUUGGAAACCAUAUUGGAAGCGUGUAUUAUGGGGUAUUAUUUAUUACAUUAACCGAAUAUAUAAGCAAGUAAACAGAAUGUGUUCUGUUGCUGAUCAUUGCCAAGGAUAGGUUUGUAAGUCUACAUUGCCUAUUUUAUUUGGGUGUUUGUAGUUCGAAAUUUUGAUGAAGCAGACUGAUAAGAAAA